GUCAAAGAAAGUCACCGCUGUGAACUGCAGUACCUACCGCUAACCAUUUUGCUUUGACGCUGCAUAACAUCUUCACCAAUCGCCAAUUAUGCCGAAUAAUUCACCCAAAGAGCGGAGACUCCGACAUUUUACUGAGAAACAAUGAUGUUGGUCUGAGUGUGAGUAUUGGAUGAGCUAUGUAAGGAUAAAUGUGCUGAUUGACUACCAUCCCCUCACAACAAUUCUCUCAUAAUCUCAACAUUUAUCAACUUUGGUGGUUGUACGUCUUAGACGGCCUAUACCUGGGGAAACGCAUAUUAAUCACCCAGACCUGCCCGCAUUUCCUCACCCCUUCAACUUCACUUGAAGCAACUUCAACCACUUCAAAAUGGAAGGAUACGCUAUUCCUACCAAACCUGUAGCCAACAAAGACUCAAUCGUGGCAGGCAAUCAAUGGCGCUUCACCCUCAUCAACGACAUUGUUCUCCGCUAUGAAUGGGCCGAAGAUGGCGUCUUCGAAGAUCGUCCAUCCACCUUUGCCCUCAAUCGAGAAUUCCCUACUCCAAAAUUCACAGUCUCUGAUACAGAUGAUCAGCUGGAGAUAAGAGCAGAUGCUUUCCAAAUCACAUACAACAAAAAGCGCUUCGAUAAAUACGGUCUUGUAGUCAGCUUCAGUAACAAGAACACCCUCUGGGGCGCUGGUUGGCGAUAUGGAGAAACGCCUCAGAAUCUCGGUGGUACAGCCAGGACGCUUGAUGAGGUGAAUGGACGAUGCGAACUCGAGCCUGGUAUUCUUUCGAGAGCGGGAUAUUCGGUGCUUGAUGAUAGCAAUUCUUUGCUUUUCGACUCUUCUGGAUUCGCAGCACCAAGACGACCUGGAGAUCGAAUCGAUGGGUAUCUUUUCUCGUAUGGCUACGAUUACAAGGCUGCCAUGAAGGCAUUCUUUGCUAUUUCUGGAAAGCAACCUCGCCUUCCGCGAUGGGCAUUGGGAAAUUGGUGGAGUCGCUACUAUCCUUAUACCGAUGAGGAGUAUCUCAAGCUCAUGAACAAGUUCGAGGCCGAGAAGGUUCCGCUCUCAGUCGCUGUUAUUGAUAUGGACUGGCACCAAGUCCACGGCCAUCACAUCCCGCAUGCUGGCUGGACAGGUUACACGUGGAACAAGGAGCUCUUCAAAGAUCCCAAGGCGUUCACCAAAGCGUUGCACGACAAGAAACUAAAGGUUACCUUGAAUGAUCAUCCACAUGCUGGUGUGCAUCACCAUGAGGAUCAGUAUGAGGCAAUGGCCAAGGAUUUGGGACACGAUACUUCUGAGAAAACACCAAUUCUCUUCAACCCUGUCGAUCAGAAGUUCAUGCACUCUUACCUCAACACACUUCAUCGAAGUCUCGAGAACGAUGGCUGUGAUUUCUGGUGGAUUGAUUGGCAGCAAGGUCCAUACAGUCGUGUCCGAGGUCUCGAUCCUCUAUGGCUUCUCAACCACUACCAUUUCCUCGACAAUGAGAAGCAGAAUGGGGAAGGUAGGGCUAUUAUCUUCUCACGUUUCGGAGGUCCAGGUAGUCAUCGCUAUCCAGUCGGGUUCUCGGGCGACAGCAUCAUGACAUGGGAGUCGCUCGAGUUUCAACCCGAGUUCACAGCUACAGCGUCCAACAUUGGCUAUGGAUGGUGGAGCCACGACAUCGGUGGCCACAUGGGUGGUUAUCGGGACGAUGAGCUUGCUACUCGAUGGGUGCAAUAUGGCAUUUUCUCGCCUAUCAUGCGGCUUCACUCGCAGAUGGGCUUGUUCACUUCCAAGGAACCCUGGCUGUAUCGCCCUGAGUUUGCAGAGGUGAUGCAGAAUUUCUUGCGGUUCCGUCACCGACUUAUCCCGUAUCUUUACACUAUGAACUGCGCUUCUUCGUCGAAUGAUGAGCCAGUUGUGCAGCCUCUGUACUGGAAGUUCCCGGAAAGAGAUGAAGCAUAUGGAAAGCCUAACCAGUACUACUUCGGUUCAGAGCUAGUGGUUGCACCUAUCGUGAAGCCCCGCGACAAGAGAACGAAUCAUGGAGCCGUUGAUGUCUGGGUACCUCCUGGUCGACAUGUUGACAUCUUCACUGGAACUAUAUAUGACGGCGACCGGGACAUCAAGAUGUUCAGAAGCAUCAAGAACAUGCCAGUUCUUGCACAUGAGGGCUCCAUCAUUCCUCUCGAUGCAGACCUUGCCCCUAACAAUGGUGGCGAGAGCCCCAAGAACUUUGAGGUUCUCGUUGUUGUGGGCAAGAAUGGCAGGCUCAAGGUCGAGGAGGAACUCGAUGGAAACGACAAGACCGAUAAAGGAAACUACAGCGAGUCUCCAAUUCUUGGCUAUUUCCAACAAAGCGGCAGGCUAUACUUUGAGCCCAAGGGCAAGGCUUGGAGUGUCAAAUUCCUGUCUAUCAUGGAGAUUCCAAAGGGGUUUAAGGUCGUCAGCGGUGUCACUGAUCAGACUGUUCUUGACAUCAAGCCAUAUGUUGAGGACUAUCCUAACGUGCCUGGCCUGGUCGUCCGAAUCCCCGUACUUCACGAUAAGUUGGAUACGGUGUCUAUUCAGCUGGGCGACGAGCCGAAACUGAGCGUGAUUGAUCCAUUGAAACGUAUCCAGGAUCUGAUCCUCGACUAUCAGAUGGACAUGUGGACCAAGGAAAAGCUUUGGGGAGUUGUCAAGGCUCCCCAGCCCACGGCAGUCAAGGUUGGACGAUUGAUGACUUUGGGACUGGACGAGGAGUUGCUUGGACCGGUAAUGGAGUUGCUCAUGGCUGACAGCCGAUACGAAACACCCUCCAACUGAUUGCCCUGUGGUCCAUCGACCUUGAGGCAAGGUUGUCAACGUCCAAUGCCUUGGCCAACCCACGCCUUGCUUGAGCAAAAUACAACCAGCAUAGAGGCUCAAAAAGACAAAAAGAACAUACAACACCAGGUAUUCGCUGGUCGUCACCGACCCAA